UUUCCUAGCAACGCUGUACACACCUUGGAUACAAGCUUCCGGAAGCGCGGUCAUUGUGGCGGACUGACAACAUCAACAUGGAACCUCCAGAGAGGGCAGCGACAUCUCCUCAGUUGCCAGCAGAUGAAGAUGUGAUUCAGUCUGCUGGACAAACAUCCAUAAACCAACUGGAAGCUCAAAGUCAUAGCUGUGCUUUUCAGGACCAGAGAAGGCCCAGGCAGGAUACAGAUGGCUGGGUGAUUCAACAGCUGUGGGGGCACUCAUCACAACCAGAAUUUCAGGAUAGUAACCUGUCUCCAUCCCUUCCCUUGUUGCCUGUAAACUCUGGAGUGGAACAUAUGUUCACUGAAUAUUCUUUAUUCCAACAAAGUGACAAUGAAUUUGCCCCUUUAAGGGCUUACCCAGACAUUUCCAUGGCAUCAGAGAGGUUUCACUUUCCACCCCAGGAUCGCACUACUCAGGCUUCUCAGCGUGGUUCACUGUCACAGCACCCUUUGGCUCAGGCAACCAUCCUGUCUGAAGAAGGAUCAAACAGCUGCUGCUCUCUGUCCCAACACAGUUUGUCACUAGCGGAUGAAGUCAGACAAGAGGAAACCGUUCACCCCCCAUUGAUUGCCACCACUGACAGACAGGGAUUACCAUCCAGAGAUGUUACAGUUAGUAGACAGAAUAACUCAGAGACUUUAACUGACCCUGCAGGCAAGCCAGUGGGAGAGGCUGCUGAAGAUGAGACAUUCUUUCUGCGUAAGGAGAUUCCUGCCCAGCAUCUUCUGGAGCUUCUUCAGAAAGAUAUUGGCAUGCCAAGCAGCAGUAGUAGUGCUGUUUCCUCUGCCUCUGAGACCUCUGUAAAGAUUGUUGCAUCUUUUUCUAAAGAGCCUAAAAGCAGUCAAAUUUGCAAAUCGGACAUUGACCAAAGCACAGUUAGAAGAGAAGGUCCUCCAGGUGAGGCUUCUCUUCCCCAGCAGCAGACAAAACCUCCUGACAGAAAUGUAUACCCUGACCAGUCACAAAUGGUAUCAUCUGAGGUCUGUAACAUCACCAUGGGGCUCCGCAGCACUCAACCUGAUGACAGUAGUGAAGCGUUACACAGAGAGCUGUUGUCUGAGGCACAGAGGUGCAGCACCUAUGAAGCUGAGUCUAAAAACAAACAGCGAAGUCCUACACCACCUGGCCAGUCUACAGAGACAUGUAAAAGCAAGCCAAGUGUCACCACAGCAAAUCUGGGUGGCGUGCCAUGGAUGGGUCCGUUUUCAGUGGGUGUUGAACAGGGUCACAGUGAGCAAGACCUCUGGUCCUCAGGGAACCAGACAGGGAUUGAUGGAUCUUACCUGGGUUUCCUUCCACAGUCUCAAUCCACUCCAGGUGUUUUUAAGACCCCGCCAAAAUCCAGUGUCAAGGCUAAAUUGGGUCAACUUUCUGCUAUAGAAUCCAACAAAGAGAAGUCAUUUGAGUCAAACUCAGAGAUCUCUCCAGAGACCGCUGUUCCCGUGGCAGAUGUCCAUCACCCAGACACAUCAAAUCAGUGCCAAGAGGAAGCUACCUCUGCAAAAGUCCAGUCUCUCCCAAGUCUCAACUAUAUGCAGAAAGUAGAUGCUUGGAGGGCAAACCAGACGUCAGGCAAGACAUCUCUAUUUGAUAGCUUGGCACUGCAAGGAUUUUCUGGCAUCUCUCCUAAAAAGAAAGCUUAUGAUGCAAUAUCUGACACUCUGAACCGUGUCCUGAGUCAGCAAGCUAGGAGUUUAAACCAGCCCACUGUUUCAAGUGGUGCCCAUCAGAAUGUCACACAGAGCUCCUUCAUGGCUCCCUCUGGCUCUUCUUUAAGAAGAGGGGAGGCUGUGGGCAGUUCUCCCAGUGACAAAGAUAACACUGGGUCUGCAACAAGACCCUCUGCCUCACCCUUCGGCAGGUCACAGUCCCAUUCUUCUCUUAGCACGGUUGUUAUGUCGAUCAAGAAGGAUCAGCAGACAGAGGGACGUGCAGAAAAAGAGAAGACUCAGGACAGUGUUCAUCAUCAGCCAAGUGCCACAUCUCAACCUUUGCCUCCCCUGGGCCUCGGCCAGUUCAGUGACGUGUCACUCGAUCAAGAUGUGACACUUUCAAGUUCCCAAGAUAGUUACAACAGUGGAAUCAAAUUAGGAACUUCCAUUGGAGCUUCCUCUGUUGUCAGCCUAGAAGUAGAUAACUAUGCCCCGUACUGGACUUCAAAACUGUCAACACCACCACCUCUGCCCAGAGGGCAGCUCAACAUUGAAGAACGAAUUCCGUUGUAUCUUCAUAACCUGGGUAUUGACCAGUCUCCCUCAACAAUCUUAACUCCAUUUGCACCCAGAGGGCCAAUCAGAGAACCUGAAUUCUCUCCCACUGACCUCUGUACAAUUAAAGGAUCUGUUGGAACCCCAACCAAGAGCACCCAGCCCUCUGAAGGUGGCAGUCCCCAUAAAGGAGAGUUCUCCAGAUCCAGCAUUCUGUCAGUGGACUCCAGUAUAUCCAUACCCUUCAGCCUGGACAGUCUUGGUCCAGCUGCAUCUAUUCCAGAGCGGACCAUGCGGCCUUCUCCUUCAUCAAAUAGAGAAGUUAUCCAGAGUGAACACAGACUGUCACCUGUGUCCCAGCGUGAUGAAGACUCUUAUCCCUCCACACUGCAGACCACCCUGCAUCAGCAGAGGGACAGCAGCUUAACCAGCAGCCAGAAUACUAUCCAGCAAGGAGACAGAUUUGAUUCUGAUGUCUCGUUGGCUACCGAGGAUAAAGGCGGGGAUAGAGACUUGCAUUCGCCCUUGCAAACGAGCCACAGUAUGGAACGAAGUGCAGAAGCUUCUUUUGUUAGCUCCAAGGCUUUGUUGGAGAUUCGCAAGUUGCUCGCCCAGGCGGACAAUGUGGUAUCUGCUGGGUCUUCUGUGGCUUCCUCACCCUCCUCUGCGGCGCCUCGUCUGCUCUCUAAUGAGGACAUAUUCCUUUCACUGAGGAAGGAAACCAACAGACUCCAGGACUCCUCAUUCUCCUCCUCCUCCGCGACAGCAGAUCCCAGAACUCGAUCCUCACAGCUGUGGGCCAGGUCCUCGUCCGACUCCAUGCUGACCUCAGAGAAACUUAGAGAAAGCUCUGUUGGUCGAGAGAGUAUGACUUCAUCAAGGCAACCUAAUUAUCCAUCCACACAUCCUCUUGUCACUGGACCAACCACAGGUGCAUACAGAAGGCAACAAGAUAGUGCUGUUAGUAGAGGUAUGGGAUUGUCCCUUGUCCUCUCCCAGUCAGCCCGGCGGGCAGAGCCUGAGGGCUGCAGUGCUGCUCCCCCUGAUACCAAAGUCCCACCACAGCCAUCAGUUGUCAAGCCAUCACCAUCUUUGGGUACACAACAGCUCACCUCUACUCCUACAGACAAGGCAAGUGCCAUAGAGGAGGAAAAACAGAUGACUCUGGAAGGUCCUGUGCAGAGUAGGUCCUCAUCACCCAUCCUCGAGGACACAGAUCAGGGACUGAUGAGUGAUGGGAGCAGUGAGAGCUCGCUGGCAGUCAGAGUGGCCAAGUUACUGCAGAGUGAAUCCCCAGCCACCAUGGUGUCCAGUACACCCAGCGUCACUGACCAAGAGGAGAACAAAGCCAGAGAGUGGAUUAAGAUGAAGCUAUCAGGACGACAGUGUGAGCCUCUGGAGUUGGACAGAGAAGACAGAGAGCGGAUUGAAGAGAUCAAGAGAGAGCUGUUGUUAAAAAACCCUAUAAAGAGUCAGGGGAGCACAGAUACAGAGAGCAGUGCAGGGUCUGGUGUUAGAGUCCUGAGGGGGCAGGAUCCAGCUCAGCAAGCAGAUCCAUUCACUGCUCUCAUUGAUCCUAACAACCAGUCAUCCCGGCCUCUGCAGAGCCUCAGCUCAGAUUGCUCUGACUCCGGUGUGCAGCUUCAAAACCUUCCUCAGGUCUCAGAUCUAGAGGCUCAGAUACGUGAGAUUGCUGCCAGAGAAGGGGUAACUCUCCCUAGGAGAAACCCACGGGCCCUCACAUCUAUCACUAUCGCCACUCGCAGGCGCUCCACCUCCCCCUCUCCCUCCACGUCGCCUGCUCCUCCUCUCAGUCCAGCACCACAGCUUCUCCACCUGAAUGAGCUCUCCACAGUAGCAGUCGAACACCCUAAAGGUAACAGGCAGCUUCCCACUACCAUGGAUGAAGAAGAUAAGACAACCCAAGACCUGCAAUCUGUGUUUGAGCCGAACAGUAGUCUGUACACCAGAAACCAAAACCUGACUCCUCACUCAGCACCGGGCGAUCAGAAGAGGCAGGACACUGUUGGAGGCCAGUGUGAAGAACCUCCUCUGACCUCACGGGAUCUAGAUAGAGAGGAGGUGAAUGCUAAAGACGACAACACACCAUCUUUUGGGCGAGAUGGCGAGUUGUCUGGCCAAGACAGCUCUGUUUCUGGUGUUGGUCCUGAAGCUGAACAGGCCACAAGUUCAUCCACCCCUGAAUCUCCAGCCAAGACGGGUCACGUCUCACAUGUCCAUCUCACUCUGUCCCCCAAAGCCACCGAUCACCACUUGGCCACUGCUGCCCAAUCCAGUCAUGCUGAUGCUGUUACAGGGCUGCCACGUAAAGAAUUUGUCCCCCUCAGACACUCGUCUUCUGCUGCCAGCAGUCCGGACGAAGGUGUCGGGUUGUCCAGUCCGCCAGAGUGGUGCGACAGCAGAGAGCCAAUAAGACAACGGGGACCUGAAAGAGCUGACACCUCCACCCUGUUCAAACCUGCUGUGCCUCAGGGAAGGUUGACCUCCACAUCCCUACAAUCUUUUACUCCAUCUCACAGAGUUAUGGUGUUGCCAAGACCCUUAACCAGUGAAUCACCAGCAAUGCCUGUACUUUUGCCAUAUAAACCCCAUGGCAGUGAGGAGCUCUUCUACAUCCCUCAAACAGAAGCUGACUUCUCCUCUACUGACCUGUCUGACACCACUAUGGAAAGCACCCACACAGGCUCAGACGACGCUGUGCCCCCACGCUUCAACAGUGACGUCCUCGGCCACCGAGACCCAGGGUUGGACCGCGGAGUCACCAUCAGACACACAGAGGGAAUCUACAGCAAGAGGUUGAAGACAGCCCCCUUCAAAAUGAACGAGCCUGGACGCAGAGGUGUCUCUGUAUCAGCAGAUAGAUCCUCACAAACAUCUGUGACUCGGACUCCAAAGCCGUCUUCUCAGGUGUCAGUUGCCUUUACCAGAGUGCCUUUAUCGAGCAACCAUGAAGCCUCCACGAGAGACCAGGGGACCAGCCCAGUGCAGUUCCUCAGUUAUGAUCAUCCAGAGCCCAGCCCAGUGCAUUUGGAAAUGGACUACGACAAGACGAGCCAUCACCUGGACCGAAGCUGUGUCCCGCAGGCAGGAGGGGAGCGGGACCAGUACAGGGGGGACCUCUCUCACCCCGCUGCCCAGCGGAGGAGCAGCACUCUGGACCAACUGUGGCGGAGGUUCUGCGAUCAGCGGAGCCUGGAGGAGUCCCGACCGACCAGUGACAGAGAGGCGUCGCUGCUGGAGCGGCUCGAGCGCCUUUCCCGUCUUAUUCAUAGUACAAGAGGCACAAACACAUCAGAGGCAUAUUGUGACCCAGAAGGAAGGAGAGGAGAAGAUGCCGCAGGGAAGGAAACACAUAUUGGAGAGAUGAAGAGGAGCGUCGGUACUGAGGCCAGUGAACAUCCAAUCCCUCGCCAGGCCUGGACGCAGAGGCUUCAGGUAGAGGAAACUUCUCAACCUGCUGACGAGGACUCCUUCACCUCCAGCUUCUCUCACGACUCCUCCCUGAGUCCACACCUCUGUCCAGCAGACCGAGACGAGUCAGAGACCGUGUCCACCGUGUCUGGCUCCAUUUCCACUGUGGACACGGCGCGGCUGAUCCGAGCUUUCGGCGCCCACAGAGUCCAGCACCUGAAAACCGGCUCCGGCCUCAGUAAACUGUACAACACCAUCAACAAGCAGAAAGAUGGGAGGGAACAGAGGAGAGGAAGAAGGAAAGAGCCACCUCACUUCAUCGCACUGUCAGAGACCACCGGCACUGAUGAAUCCACAGUUGCUGCUGAUUCUUCAUCCUCAACCAGCACCUACACCUUCCCGUCACACCACGGCCCCUGCAGGACUCUGGCAGCCAAGAAGGCUGUUAGAAUGGUCAGCAAAGGCAUCCAGGCAGGGGAUCUGGAGCUUGUCAGUAAUGGGACUCGACGCCACACCAGAGAUGUUGGAACUACAUUCCCUUCACCUGAUGAAGCCAGAACUUCCAGGAUCUCAUCUUCCUCAUCCAUCUUAGAGAGGGGAAGAGGAGGGAGGAGGAACCCCCAAUCUCAGAGGAUACACAAACAGAGAGAGAGCAAGAGAAGCCCAUCAAAGACCUACCCUGAAGGUGUUUCAUGGUUCAUCUCCGCUGACGACCUGAGGUCAGAGGCGAGGAAGGAGAACCGGCCAGAGGAGGAGGAGUCGACGUGGAGGCCGAGCACCUCCUGGUUUGAACCGUACAGCAGAAUCAAUCCCUGGAGAGAGCCGCUCAGACAGAAACAAGUUCACGAGGGCGGAAACAAACGGCCCAGUUUUACACAUCGUGCUGAACCCGAUUUAGAUCCAAGAACCAAAGUGAUGCCCGCUGGUCUGGAACGCAUCUCUCUGCAGGAGGCUCUGGAGAUGCAUCGGCCGGAGUUCAUCUCUCAGUCCAGGCAGAGGGUGAAGCGCCUGGCUCAGCAGGCGGAGGAGAGAAAGCUACAGGAAGUCUUCAGCAGAGAGAGAGGUGAACUCUUCGGCCGGCCUGGAGGACCGGGGAGGCUGCCGAAGCCUGCAGGCACAGCUCUGCUCAGGAGGGCUGUUCCCAGGAAGGAGAUGAUACAGAGGUCCAAACAGAUCUAUGAGAAUCUGCCAGAGGUGCAGAGGAGGAGGGAGGAGGAAAGAAGACGAGCAGAGUAUCGAUCUUACCGGCUGAACGCUCAACUCUACAACAAGAGAAUCACCAGUCACGUUCUGGGCAGGAGAACAACAUGGCAGUGAUGGAACAGACCAGUGAAAGUUUUUACUGUAGAUGAAAUCAAUAAUGUGAAAACAUUUUUACAUUACAUUACAUUUUAUUAACAAAACGGAACAAAACUACCUAACUUAAAUAAAAAAUAGCUUUUAUUUAUCUUUGACCAAAUUUUUUUAGUUUAUAUUUGAAAGAUUAUGUAAAAAGUAGACCUCUAGUCAUUUUUACUUUUUCCUACUUGCAGUCCAGAUGAGUGUUUUAAUUGGCUUAAACUUGAAAAUGUGUUUUAAGUAAAAAAUAAACCAGAUUUCUGCAGA